UUUUCUUUAUCCCAUGAUCCCAUCUAACAAACUACAUUUAACUAACAUCAUGAAAUAUACGGAGUAGAUAAUAUUUUUCAACGAACAUUACCUCCCUUCUCGUGGUUGACAUAAAUACCCCUACUCAUCCACCUUCAAAACUCUACUUUAGCCGGCUAUUUGGACUCAAACUUUAUUUUUUUAUUUUUUUCUUUCUUUUUUUGUUCCUUUUAUAAUAUUAAAAAAAAACUCUAAAAUAAAAUUCAAAUUCAAUAUUUCUUCCUUUAACAAUGAAAACUUAAAAAUCAUCUCUUUCUUUUCUCUCUCUUCUUCCUUCAUUAAUAUACUUUUAUGGGACAAACCAUCAAUGAAGCCACCGGAAAAAUGACACAACUUUGCCGGAAAAUCGUCCGAGUUAACAUUAAAUGGCCGGAAAUUCUUGACCGAGUUGGCGUACUCCGGCGAUUUUUCCGGUUCAUUUGGAACAGAAUUAUUGUUUGUUCUUGUUGUAAUAGUAACUUUAAACCGCCGUCAACGGCAAAUUACCGACGGCUUGACCGGCCAAACUCGCCGGAAAACGCUGUUGAGUUUGAAGUAGCUGAUUUACGAAGUGGGUAUGAGAGUGAUUCUAAUUUGGUUAAUCUCAAGAUUAGUUUGUUGGGUGAUUGCCAAAUUGGUAAAACUAGCUUUGUUAUUAAAUAUGUAGGAGAUGAACAACAGAGGAAAAGUUUGCAGAUGAAAGGGUUGAAUUUGAUGGAUAAAACUUUGGUUGUUAAAGGAGCUCGCAUUGCUUUUAGUAUAUGGGAUGUUGCAGGUGAUCAUGGUUCUUUGGAUCAUGUACCAAUAGCUUGUAAAGAUGCAGUUGCAAUCUUGUUCAUGUUUGAUCUUACUAGCAGAUGUACUUUGAAUAGUGUAAUUGGAUGGUAUAAUCAAGCAAGAAAGUGGAAUAAGACAGCAAUUCCAAUACUGAUUGGCACCAAGUUUGAUGAUUUUGUUAGACUUCCUCCUGAUUUGCAGUGGACUAUCGUCACUCAGGCAAGAGCAUAUGCAAAGGCAAUGGACGCGACUCUAUUCUUUUCGAGUGCAACUCAUAACAUAAAUGUGAACAAAAUCUUCAAGUUCAUCAUGGCCAAGCUCUUUAACUUGCCUUGGACUGUACAGAGGAAUCUCACUAUUGGAGAGCCCAUUAUUGAUUUUUAGUGUAAUUUUUUUGUUUCCUUGUAUGUACCUUCUUCCAAGUUCUCUGCCCCGGUCGGGGUGUAAUCAUGUACAUAGCUUCAAGAUAGAAUCAUAGAUACAUGAACAAUGAGAUUUUUAAAAAAAAGACAGGAAAAAAAGGGAGAAAAAAGAAACGUAAAUGAGAACUUUGAAUGUUUUGAUCUACGAAUUGUGUAUGAAUAUAUGAUCACUUUGUCUGUA